GGAUGUCUAAAAAAAAAACUACAAAUGGGGGAGUGAAGAGUUUGAAAAAGUUAUGCGGAUGAGCCUGCAUCUGAUCUCAGACGAGCAGAGCACACAAGGGGAGGAAUUAUUCAUGAAUUAAAUGGCGGAGGAACUACUUCUGGAAAACGAUGGAAAACCUGACACGUCAUCUUCCCUUCAGCCUCUUACAAAGCCUCUGCUGGCGGUGGCUUUCCUGGCCUCGUUCGGCAGCUCCAUGCUCUAUGGCUACAACUUGGCAGUCGUCAACUCUCCUGCACAGUACAUCAAAAGCUUCUACAAUGAGACGCUGAAAGAAAGUUACAACUGGACUUCGGAUGAGGAGCUCCUCACCGUCUUGUACUCCCUCACCGUGUCCAUCUUUGCUAUCGGUGGGAUGAUCGGGGCCCUGCUGGUGGGCCGACUCGUAACCAAAUAUGGAAGGAAAGGGACACUGGUGAGAUCCGCUGCGCUGGUGUUUAUAGGAGGAGCUCUUAUGGGCUUCAGCAGAGUGUGCAGGAUGCCUGCGAUGGUCAUUAUAGGACGCUUCAUCACAGGAGUCCACUCAGGAAUCUCUCUCAGUGUGGUGCCGAUGUACCUCGGCGAGAUCGCCCCCAAGAACCUGCGAGGCUUCCUGGGCCUCGUUCCCAGCAUUCACAUUUGUCUUGGAGUCUUCCUCGCUCAGGUCUUGGGACUCCAUGAACUGCUGGGAAAGGAAGAGCACUGGCCUCUGCUCCUGUCCCUUGUGGUGUUCCCUACCAUCAUCCAGCUGAUGCUGUUGCCAUGGUUUCCAGAGAGUCCACGGUACCUGUUGAUAGAGAAGGGAAAUAUUCAUGACACCAUUGAAGCCCUGAAGUGGUACCGUCAUAAAGGAAACAUACAGGCGGAGAUUGAUGAGAUGCAGGAGGAACAGCGCUCUCUGUCCUCCAUCCAGACCCUCUCUGUCUGGGGCCUGCUCACGGACCGCUGUGUUCGCUGGCAGGUAAUCACCAUCAUGGUACUCAACAUCGGCAUGCAGCUGUCUGGCAUCGAUGCAAUCUGGUUCUAUACAAAUGACAUAUUUAAGGACGCAGGAAUCCCAGAUCUUAAUAUUCAGUACACAACUGUGGGAACUGGAGCCAUUGAGGUCAUCUCUGGGAUGCUGGGGUGUUUCACAAUCGAGCGUCUGGGCAGAAGACCUCUGAUCAUCGGCGGCUUCCUCUUCAUGGGCAUCUGCUGUGCUGGGAUCACAUUGUCUGUCCUCUUCCAGGAGCAGAUGCCCUUCAUGCGCUACAUCAGCGUGGGCUGUGUUGUUGGGAUUAUUGCUGGCUUCUGCAUAGGUCCAGCCGGUGUGCCUUUCCUGAUCACUGCAGAGCUGUUUAAGCAGUCACACCGACCGGCUGCCUACACAGUGGCCGGAUGCCUCAACUGGAUGUCCAACUUCACCAUCGGCUUUGUCUUUCCCUUCCUAGAGGCGACCAUGGGCGCUUACUGUUACCUGCUCUUCUGUACGGUCUGCUUGGGAGUGGCCGUGUACGCCAUCUUCAUUAUUCCUGAGACCAAGAACAAAACUUUUAUGGAGAUCAGCCAGAUGUUUGCCUCCAAGAACGAAAUCCCCGAAGAAGAGCUGAAUUCCAAUGGGCAUCUCAAAAUGGCUGUGAUGAACGGCUAUGGAACCCUUGGCCUCCACAACCAAAAAUAAGAAGGGGCGAGGCGGCGGUCCUACAUGAUGGUCUCUCCGUGUGCCUUCUUGGUUUGUAAUGACCAAAGUAAAGACUAAAACUGAAGUAACCGCAGAAGAGAUAAAAGGUGGAACUUCUGUGGCCACAAAGAGAUCUGCUGCUUCAUGGUGAAAACCACAAAGCACAAUGCCUAAAAACACUUUCCACACACACAAUAAUUCCAGUUUUACACGGCAAUAACAGCUCUGAGACAGGGCUUCCAUCGGUGAACUAAAUGAAGAUAUGCCAUUUCUCGGAUGGUUCAUUCGGCGGUUAAAUAAGUCACAAGACAUCGUGUGAAUCAUCCAAUAAUAUCUGUUACUGUAUGUUCACAGCGUUCAGCUGUGUUUGUUUCGUCUUUUGUUCACUUUGUCAUUUGUGAGAGCUGGAUAUUGUGGCUGCU